AUGAGAAGACUUGUACAUUGUCUUUUAGUGUGUCUUCGGCUGAAGUUGGAACAGCUGAUUAAUCGGCUGAAGUUGGAACAGCUGAUUAAUCGGCUGAAGUUGGAACAGCUGAUUAAUCGGCUGAAGUUGGAACAGCUGAUUAAUCGGCUGAAGUUGGAACAGCUGAUUAAUCGGCUGAAGUUGGAACAGCUGAUUAAUCGGCUGAAGUUGGAACAGCUGAUUAAUCGGCUGAAGUUGGAACAGCUGAUUAAUCGGCUGAAGUUGGAACAGCUGAUUAAUCGGCUGAAGUUGGAACAGCUGAUUAAUCGGCUGAAGUUGGAACAGCUGAUUAAUCGGCUGAAGUUGGAACAGCUGAUUAAUCGGCUGAAGUUGGAACAGCUGAUUAAUCGGCUGAAGUUGGAACAGCUGAUUAAUCGGCUGAAGUUGGAACAGCUGAUUAAUCGGCUGAAGUUGGAACAGCUGAUUAAUCGGCUGAAGUUGGAACAGCUGAUUAAUCGGCUGAAGUUGGAACAGCUGAUUAAUCGGCUGAAGUUGGAACAGCUGAUUAAUCGGUCAUUCUGUGAAGAUCUGUCCACUGAAGAUCUGUCCACUGAAGAUCUGUCCACUGAAGAUCUGUCCACUGAAGAUCUGUCCACUGAAGAUCUGUCCACUGAAGAUCUGUCCACUGAAGAUCUGUCCACUGAAGAUCUGUCCACUGAAGAUCUGUCCACUGAAGAUCUGUCCACUGAAGAUCUGUCCACUGAAGAUCUGUCCACUGAAGAUCUGUCCACUGAAGAUCUGUCCACUGAAGAUCUGUCCACUGAAGAUCUGUCCACUGAAGAUCUGUCCACUGAAGAUCUGUCCACUGAAGAUCUGUCCACUGAAGAUCUGUCCACUGAAGAUCUGUCCACUGAAGAUCUGUCCACUGAAGAUCUGUCCACUGAAGAUCUGUCCACUGAAGAUCUGUCCACUGAAGAUCUGUCCACUGAAGAUCUGUCCACUGAAGAUCUGUCCACUGAAGAUCUGUCCACUGAAGAUCUGUCCACUGAAGAUCUGUCCACUGAAGAUCUGUCCACUGAAGAUCUGUCCACUGAAGAUCUGUCCACUGAAGAUCUGUCCACUGAAGAUCUGUCCACUGAAGAUCUGUCCACUGAAGAUCUGUCCACUGAAGAUCUGUCCACUGAAGAUCUGUCCACUGAAGAUCUGUCCACUGAAGAUCUGUCCACUGAAGAUCUGUCCACUGAAGAUCUGUCCACUGAAGAUCUGUCCACUGAAGAUCUGUCCACUGAAGAUCUGUCCACUGAAGAUCUGUCCACUGAAGAUCUGUCCACUGAAGAUCUGUCCACUGAAGAUCUGUCCACUGAAGAUCUGUCUCUGCAACGAGACGUCGACCAGCAGAGCGGAGAGGAGCAGCAGUGCAACAGCAUGGCUCUUAACAUGCCGACAGAACAGUGGCAAAGUAAACAUCAAGAAACUGAUCCAGGACUUGCCCACAAGGUGGAAUUCAACCCUGUUAUGUUGGAACGUAUUGUUGAAUUGUCAGAGGCAGUGAAAAAUACAGUUGCCCUUAGUGACGGAAGUUCUGUGGGCCUGUUACAGUCAAAUGAUGAGUGGGAAAUCUGCUCCGCACUCUGUUCGAUUUUGAAACCGUUUGAGCAGGUUUCGAGGCAGCUCAGUGCAGAGGAGUACCCAACUGGCAGCUUGAGGCACCAACGAGAGGCACCAACGAGAGGCACCAACGAGAGGCACCAACGAGAGGCACCAACGAGAGGCACCAACGAGAGGCACCAACGAGAGGCACCAACGAGAGGCACCAACGAGAGGCACCAACGAGAGGCACCAACGAGAGGCACCAACGAGAGGCACCAACGAGAGGCACCAACGAGAGGCACCAACGAGAGGCACCAACGAGAGGCACCAACGAGAGGCACCAACGAGAGGCACCAACGAGAGGCACCAACGAGAGGCACCAACGAGAGGCACCAACGAGAGGCACCAACGAGAGGCACCAACGAGAGGCACCAACGAGAGGCACCAACGAGAGGCACCAACGAGAGGCACCAACGAGAGGCACCAACGAGAGGCACCAACGAGAGGCACCAACGAGAGGCACCAACGAGAGGCACCAACGAGAGGCACCAACGAGAGGCACCAACGAGAGGCACCAACGAGAGGCACCAACGAGAGGCACCAACGAGAGGCACCAACGAGAGGCACCAACGAGAGGCACCAACGAGAGGCACCAACGAGAGGCACCAACGAGAGGCACCAACGAGAGGCACCAACGAGAGGCACCAACGAGAGGCACCAACGAGAGGCACCAACGAGAGGCACCAACGAGAGGCACCAACGAGAGGCACCAACGAGAGGCACCAACGAGAGGCACCAACGAGAGGCACCAACGAGAGGCACCAACGAGAGGCACCAACGAGAGGCACCAACGAGAGGCACCAACGAGAGGCACCAACGAGAGGCACCAACGAGAGGCACCAACGAGAGGCACCAACGAGAGGCACCAACGAGAGGCACCAACGAGAGGCACCAACGAGAGGCACCAACGAGAGGCACCAACGAGAGGCACCAACGAGAGGCACCAACGAGAGGCACCAACGAGAGGCACCAACGAGAGGCACCAACGAGAGGCACCAACGAGAGGCACCAACGAGAGGCACCAACGAGAGGCACCAACGAGAGGCACCAACGAGAGGCACCAACGAGAGGCACCAACGAGAGGCACCAACGAGAGGCACCAACGAGAGGCACCAACGAAAAGAUUCAGCAUUACCUGCAGGCGUCUUUAUAAUGGCUAGUAGAGAGAAGCAUUCUGUAUGA